AUGUUCAGGGGCAAGGACGGGGUGGCUGGCAGAAGUUCAUCUGGGGCUGUGAGCUUCUGUGUGGGCUCCAUGGGACAGCUGUGGGCCAGGCUGGUCCCCCUCCUUCUGCUCCUGCUCCGAGAGCAAGGCGCUGAAGCCUGCAGUACCAGUGGGUGCUGUUUUCAGGACCCGCCGUAUCCGGAUGCAGGCGCAGGCUCGGCUUCAGGCCCCAGGGACCUGAACUGCUACCGGAUAGUCAGUGCUGGUUAUGAAUGCUCCUGGCAGUAUGAGGGCCCCACGACUGGGGUCAGCCACUUCCUGAGGUGCUGCCUCAGGUCCGGGCGCUGCUGCUACUUUGCCGCGGGCUCAGCCACCAGCCUGCAGUUCUCUGACCAGGAUGGCGUAGCUGUGCUCCAAGCCGUCACGUUCUGGGUGGAAUCUCGAGCUGAGAACCAGACACAGAAGUCCCCUAAGAUCACCCUGAAGCUUCAUAGUGCAGUUAAAUACGACCCCCCGCUGGUUGGAGACGUCACCAUGUCUAGGUCCUCGGGGCAGGUGCUCUUGAAGUGGGAGAACCCAGCCCGCCAGGAUGGCGCCGAGGUGCAGUUCCGGCACCGGACAUCCAGCAGCCUGUGGGAGUUGGGCAACUGCGGACCUCAGGAGGAUGCUGGCUUCGAGUCCUGCCUCUGCCCCCUGCGGAUGGACGCAGCCCAGGAAUUCCAGCUCCGCAGGAGGCGACUCAGGCCAGCAGCCCCAGGAGACCCAGGAGACCCCUGGAGCAGCUGGAGCAGCCCCGUGUGUGUCCCCCCUGAACAUCUUCCACAACCCAGCUUGAGGUUCUCAGUGGAGGCGCUCCGUCCCAAUGGAAGGAGGCAGGUGACCCUGCAUGGGCAGCUGCCCCAGGUUGAGCUUCCAGAAGGCUGCCUCGGAUCCAACUCUGGCGGGGAGGUGACCUACCGUGCCCGCCUGCACAUGCUAUCCUGCUCGUGUAAGAUCAAGUCGACAAUGAACUUUCAGCUGAAGAAGCCACUCGACCUCUCUGGUGCGGCCUAUGACCUGGCUGUCAUCUCUCAGAAUCGCUUCGGCCCCGGCCCCAACCAGACAUGGCACAUUCCUGCCCAAACCCACACCCACACAGAACCAGGGGCUCUGAAUAUCAGUGUUGGAGCCAAUGGGACCUCCAUGCACUGGCCAGCCCAGGCCAGGGCCAAGGCAUAUUGCAUUGAGUGGCAGGCCCAAGACCAGGACAGGAACCUCACCAACUGCACCCUGACUCCAUCCCAGGACCAGGACCCUACAGGAAUGGCAACCUACAGCUGGAGCAGAGGAUCUGGGGCAAUGGAGCAGAAGGUAUGUUACCACAUCACGAUCUUCGCCUCUCCGCGUCCAGAGAAGCCCAUCUCGUGGUCCACAGUCUUGUCCACCUACCACUUCGGGGGCAAUGCCUCGGGGGCAGGACGCCCACAGCAUGUGUCAGUGAAGAAGCUCAGCCAGGGCUCUGUGAACGUGGACUGGGCGCCGUCCCCGCUGAGCGCUUGCCCGGGUGUCCUGAAGGAGUACGUCGUGCGCUGUGAGGAUGAGGAAGGCAACCUUGUCUCUGAGCUGCCUGUGAAGCCCACAGAGACCCGGGUCACGCUUGACGGCCUUCGGGCUGGGACAGCCUACACCGUGCGGGUUCGAGCGGACACAGUGACGCUGCAGGGUGCCUGGAGCCGGCUCCAGCCAUUCAGCAUCGAAGCCCAGGUUUCCCGGUUGUUCGAUUUGUCCGUACUCCUCGUGUCUCUGGGGAGCUUCGCCAGCAUCCUUCUCCUGGGCGUCUUUGGGUACCUCUGCCUGAACAGAGCUGCGCGGUACCUGUGCCCGCCCCUGCCCACACCUUGCGCCAGCACUGUGAUCGAGUUCCCUAGCAGCCAGGGAAAGCAGGCUUGGCAGUGGACAAGCCCGGCAGACUUCCUGGAGGAGGUGUCCCCAAAAGAGGCCUUGGUAGUGAACAUGUCCUGGGAAAAAGAUGAGGGAACUGACCUGGACACACCCGUGCAUCUCAAGGAGAAGACAGAGCUACUUCGGGACACUCCUGAGCUGACCUUGGACACAGAGCUCCCGUUGGAGGACAGGAGACAGGUGCAAGGCCAUCCUGAGCCUCAGGCUCUGGGGCCAGGCAGGCAGGAAGGUCUGGAGGGCAACCUUGCCCUGGGGGCUGGACUCUCACUGCCCUUGGGAAACCUAAUACAGACCCCCAUAAUCAGUGGCCCUUUGAACAUGGACUUGGAGGCCUGAGUGAGAGAGACGAAAGCCGGCCUUGACCUUCAGACAGGAAGACUGAAGGUGGCCGGUUAUUAAGCAAACAUUGCAUACCCAGUCUGUUCUGUCUUGACACACCCAUGAUGUCCUGAUUCCCCAUAACCACCUCGAGAGGUACAUGGCUAUUCUAGUUUAUAGAAAUGACCACUAAGGCUCAGAGAGAGCAAGUGGAUAGC